CAUUUUUCUCACUCUUUUUCUCCUCAUUUCUAUCCGCUUUCCCUCUCUCUUACUUCUUUACUCUCGCAUUUUCAUCUGCGCUAGCCGCCCCCUCGCCAGUCGCCAGUCGACAGUCGCCACCGCCCUCACCUCCGGUGAAACCUCAUAAGACGCUCUCGUCUUCUUCUCUUCUUAGCAUCCCACCACUCGUUUCUGUUCAUGUAAUCGUUUUUAAUAAUCCGAACCUUAUAACUUUCUAGUUUUCAGCCUUCAAGCAGAGUGGAAUGAUCAGUUGCGAAUCACGGAUUCAGACGAUCGGUGUAAUUCAAGCCGGUGAUAAUACGCUUUUGAUUUCUGCUUUCGAUUCUCUACACGAUCGCUGUAAUUCAAUCCGGCUACGGGAUUUUACAACUUGGUUCUUGCAAGACUUGUAUACAAACCGUUAGUGCAGACAAACAUUUCUCUUAAUGGGUCAUCCACAUAAGGGAAGCAAUAAGAGAAGAGGCAAGAAACAAAGCCAACCAAUUUCAAAUUUGAAGCAACACCCUACCCUUGGUCAGACUGCUGAGGAAUCUAUGGUUUUGAGCAGUUUGAUGAAAACAGAAGAGAGUGGGUUGUUUAACUCUACCAUAGUGGAAGAGGAUGCUGAUGCUGCAGUAUUGAUAGGGGAUAUGACAGAUACAACGACCCUUUUGAGUGACGAAGACGAUAAUUGGACAGAUACUUCUUUUGAUUUCACAGAUAAUGCUUCGUGCUCAAACUCUGAUAUUUCGUAUAUAUCUGGUAAUACGGACAAGCAUAUUGUUGCUUCUAGGAUGAUGUCAGAUGUAUCAGGGAAUUCUUCUAACAAGAUAAUGCUAACAUGGGUUCUGAAGGCAUGGGAAGCAAUUACUUGUUUAAGUGAGCCCUCAUCCGAGCUUUCCAAGAACACACAACAUCACAACUCAAACACAACGAUUGAAGAUGUUAGAGUUUGUUUUGAAAAAUGUGGCAUACAAGACCCCCGUAGAAAGUCAUAUCUACCUUUGUCAUCUAAUAAUGAUCUUCAGACAUGGCCUGCUUUAACUCCUAUCAAGCCCUCAUUUGAGUUUUCGAAGAGUAGAGAUCAACACAAUUCAAACAUAAAAGUUGUUUCUGAUGUUCUUGAAAAAAGUUACGGUUUAACUGGUGGGGCUUCUUACAUUGCCUCAUCAUCUAAUAGUGAUCUCCACGAGGGUAAUAUGUCAUUCAAGAGGAGUUGGCGUGAAGUUCUUGUUGGCCCUGGAACUUCCUCUGAACAGACUCGGACUCGGGACAUUAAAGGAAAGAGUCCAUUACAUGAUCCAGAUAGUUGGGUGAAGAUAGUAAAAAAAGGGUCACACACUCGGGACUCUAAAGGAAAGAGUGCAUUACAUGAUCCAGAUAGUUGGGUGAAGGAUAACGCAAAUCAACACUGGGAAAUCCAAAAGUCCCUCGUUGAGCAGGCUAAAAUUGCAUAUGCAAGUGGAAAAUGGGAUGAUGGGGUAACUCUCUCGGAUCAGGCAAGGAUGUGGAAGGAAAAAGCUGAGCAAGCUGAUGAAAAGGCUAGCCAGGAUAUUUUUGAUUCAAGGAACAAAAAUAACAUUGUAGAUUUGAUGACAAUCGAUUUACAUGGACAACAUGUGAAAGAGGGAAUGACCAUACUAAAAUAUCACCUUGCAUUUGGUGUAUAUGGUCGCUCUCUGCGGCGGCUCCGCGUCAUCACCGGAUAUGGGAGUGGAGGAACUGGGCAGUCGAUGCUGAAGCAGGCGGUUGUUGAUCUCUUAAAAAUGGAGAAAUUUGAGUGGGAGAAAGAAAACAAAGGUAGUCUUCUAAUCAAAUUCGACAUGAAGAAGAGAAAGUUGGGGUUUGUGAAAUUGUAGUUACUCUCAUUAAUCUUUUUUCCUUUCAUUUUUUCUUUGGACAAUUUGUUGUAUGAGAAUGAAACAAAUAUGUGCUCCAUUUCCCAAAACACUUUUGAUCAUCGGUUAACUUACACUUUUCAGAAAUGAUAUUUACGC